CAAUUGUCGCACCUGUCUGCAAGAGGAAAAAAAGCAGCGAUUUGUUGACAUGGCUGUUGAGGCGAACAGCGUGGCCCUCCUGCAGUUUCUAAAGAAAAUAGAACUGAUAAAACAGGGUGCAGAAGCUCGUGUAUAUCGGGGGCCGUUUUUGGGCAGGCCGACCAUUGUUAAAGAAAGGUUUCCUAAAUUGUAUAGGCACCCGCUGCUGGAUGAAAAACUCACACAUCGCAGAACCGUGCAAGAGGUGCGCUCAAUACUUCGCUGUCGAAAAGCUGGCAUAUCUGCACCAGUCAUCUACUUUGUAGACUACACCUCCCACUGCAUCUUUUUUGAAGACAUUGUGGGCUCCAUCACCGUCAGAGACCACAUCGCCUCCACGCAGCUCUCCUCCACCCAGAAAAGCCCAGAGGAACGUCUGGACCAGCUCGCUAAGAAGAUGGGUCAGAUUCUGGCCAAAAUGCAUGACGAGGAUGUCGUCCAUGGAGACUUGACCACGUCCAACAUGCUGCUGAAGGCUGGCGCUCAGAGUGGCGAGACGGAGCUGGUCCUCAUUGACUUUGGCCUGAGCUACAUAUCGGCCUUGCCCGAGGACAAGGGAGUGGACAUGUACGUGCUGGAGAAAGCUUUCCUGAGCACCCACCCCAACACAGAUGUUCUAUUCGAGAAGCUGCUGAAGGCCUACGCAGCCUCGUCCAAGAAGUCCCACGCCGUUAUCAAAAAGCUUGACGAAGUUCGGUUGAGAGGGAGAAAGAGGUCGAUGGUUGGUUAAAGGGAACCUAUGAGAUCGUUUGUGACAAUGCAUUUACAAGGACAUGGCCCGUUUGGCACUGAUUUGUUAAAUGUUCUAUUUGAUAUUUAGAUGGAAGCAUAUAGGCAUAGAUAGUGGAGAGGCUGUCGGUGUGACAAUGUUACUACAAAUAUUUGUUUUUGAAAUAAAACACCCUUGGCUUUA